AUGUGUUGUGUCCAAAUUGCACAGGUUGCAUCGGAAUCGAUUCACUCAGAUCGUGUUGCUAUUGUUACUGGAGCUGAUAAUGGUAUUGGUCAAGGAACUGCUGUAGCUUUUGCAAAAGCUGAUGCAGAUGUUGUUAUUACAUAUAGAUCAGAUGAAAAGGGUGCUAAAGAAACUACUAAACGUGUUAUGAAAACAUGUCGAAAAGCAUUAGUAGUAGUUCAAAUCUAUGUUGGAGAUGAAUCACAAGUAAAGAAUUUAUUUGAUAAAAUAUUAUCUGAAUUCAAACGACUCGACAUUCUUGUAAAUCAUGCUGGUAAGUUAUAA